AUGGAGGGGUCACGGCUACCUCCGACCUCCACCUCCACCUCUAACGCAACCGCCACCAACAAUAAAGAAAAUCCCGGUGAUCCUUCUUCCACGUGGCACCGUCCUACCAAUAGUCUCCCACAUCUCCCUUCAUCUGCCUCCCAAGUUUCUUCACCUCCACCCCAUUUCCGUAAACAUUCUCUGAAUCUCUUCCCAACCCUAUCAUCAGCAUCUUCUCCUCCUCCUCCUGACGAUCCGAUCCCGGAGAUCGAGACAUAUGUAGUGCAUGUUCCAAGGGAUCAAGUCUAUUGGACCCCUCCCCCGGAAAAUGCAAGGAUCGUCGAAAGACGGUUGAAUAGUGAUCCAGGGAAAAAGAAGAAGAGAAUUUGCUCUAAACGACUCAUGUGGUUAUUCAUCGCAGUGAUCGUCAUCGGAUUCAUCAUCUGCGCCAUCGCACUAAUCGUCCGUUUUGUAUUCAAGCCCGAACCUCCCGUUUUUGACGUUAAGAAACUCGCGAACUCUCGCCAUUUCGAGAUCAUGUUGACAUCCAAGAACCCAACGUCCAACAUGUGGGUGACCUACAAAGGUCUCGUCUCGCUCACCUACAAGAACAAGAACCUCUGCCAAGGGAAUUUCCCUGAACUGUCACAAGCUGUGUACGGAUUCGAUACUGUAAACUUAACGCUAGAUGGGUAUAAGAACGCGGCCGCGCUGCCACCUGAAGCGAUUAGUUUGGUAUUGACGAUGGACCUCAAUGCGGGAUAUGGCACCGGUUUGGUUAAACGGAACAAGAAAGUGGCGGUGACAUGCGAUGUUAUGGUAAAAGGAUUAUUAGAUGCUAAAGAGGUCGAGAUUGUGUCGGAGAGUUGUGAGAGUGAGUUCACUAUAUAA